UGGGGUCGUCCGUCUUUGGGGAGGGGGGUGUGUGUGCUGGGUCAACGGAACAAGGGACGAGGCGUGCUAGUUUGCCUGGGGAGCCAGAAGGACUGUGAGCUCAAAGAGGAAAUAGGGCAGGAAGUACAGCAGUGUUAUUUUGUUCAGGCUUUUCCUGAUGUGGUGCUGGACCAUAGAGUGAAAUGGCUUAUGCUGUCCCAAAUUUCUAUAUGCAUUUUUUGGCUAGAUCUCAACCCUGCCUGAUAUUGCCAUCUCUUUCAGCCUUCUGGAAUCAAAGAAAGAAUGGACACCUUUUACAGCAUUUGAGAUAUGCAACUGAUAUUCCUUUAGCAGAGGAGAAUAAAACCACUGUAGAAAAUCUCUCCAAGUUAUCUGUGGACGUAAAGAAAAUCCGUAGGCUGAAGCCAUGGGUGCUGUCAAAAGAGGUGACAUAUAUCAAAGAAAUAGCUAACAUUCUGCAAAAAAUGGGAGCUGAUGGACCUUCAGUAGCAUAUAUUUUUGAAUGCUGUCCUGAAGCCAUCCUUUGUAGUCCUACCAAUAUCACCUGUCAAAGAGACCUGUGGUUAUCUGUAUGUCAAAAUGAAAAGCAGUUAGUGGGGUUAAUAAAACGAUUUCCAGAUGCUUUUUUUAACAUUGAACAUUAUGAAAAUCAGGUGGCCAACAUUAGAUUCUUCAAAGGAUUGGGAUUGAAGAAUGCUAUUAUCUGCAGGUUUCUAACAAGUGCAUCAAAUAUUUUUUACAAUCCUAUUGAGAAGAAUAAGCACAUGAUAGAAACUCUGCAAAGGAACUAUUUAAGACUAGGUGGUUCACCGGAAAAUUUGAAAAACUGGCUACUGAAAUUACUGAGUCAAAAUCCAUUUAUUUUAUUAAAUACUUCUACUACUGUCCAAGAAAACCUGGAGUUUCUUCGGAACAAUCAGUUUACUGAUUCCGAAGUUCUAAGUCUGCUGUCCAAGCUCAAAGGAUUUAUUUUUCAACUUAACCCUAGAAAUAUGCAGAGUAGCCUCUUGUUUUCAAAGAGCAUCUUCAACUGCAGUGAUGAAGAAUUAAAAGGGCUAAUUUUACAGUGCCCUGCCCUUCUCUAUUAUUCAGCUUCAGUUCUGAAGGAAAGGCUGGAGGAACUAUUAAAGAAGGGAAUCUCUGUAGACCAGAUUAAAGAGUCACCUGCUGUGUUAGAAUUGUCAAUGGAGAUAAUUCAAUAUAGGAUUAAAAAAUUAGAUGCCAUAGGAUACGAUCUGAAGAGUGGAACUAUAGAAUAUCUGAAUGGGACAAAAAAAGAUUUCGAAACUACCUAUGGAAAGAUACAAGCAAAAAGUGAGAGACCCAUAUAUAAUCCAGUUGCUCCUUUAAAUACUGAAGAUUAGUUUCCAGACCCUGCUUAAUAAGCACUGUAGGAAAGUCUAGAGAAAAAGAGUUAAGACAUGACCAGUUUGUCUUUCACAAUUUAAAUAAAUUGGAUGUAAUUGCUGCUUAGAAACGGAAUUUGUAUUCGGGCCUUUCUUUCUAAAUCAGUGUUUCUAAACAUGCAACUCCAUCAUGAAAUUAGUGGGAUCAAACUGAAGCCCUCUUUGGUCCAGCAUGUUCUACAGUGGCCAACCACAUUUUUAUGGAAUACCUAAAAGAUAGACACCAGUGCAGUAGCACCCACUGCUCAUGUUCUCUAGGAACUGAUACUAAAAGGCAUUUUUUUCUGAUACUGAAAGUAAUAUAUAGCAACCAUGCCUAGAAACCAUGGAUAGCCUUCUAUUCCAUGAUUCAAUUUCUUUUUUAAAAUCUUCAUAAGACUUGUGAGAAUGUAUCCUGUGCUGUGUGAAAUAAUACCUUUAUUUGUAUCUGAAGCUCUUUCACUUAAGAGUUGUGUUAUGAGACAGACAAUUUUCCAUAUCUGUUCUCUAUAUUCCAUGUAUAAUUGAAGGCUCUUUUAUCAUCUGAAGUUUUGGGUUUUUUUUGCAAAUUUAAAAACAAUGUUUAACUUUUCAUAAAAGGAAUUGCUCCAGUCCUUUGAUAAUUAUCUGCCCCUUCUCUAACCUUACAUUAUAUUUAACACUGGCUGUAUUAUAUGUAUCAUCUUCUCUCUUGUGAUCUUGUUUUAAUGUUCAUUAUUUUUAACUGGUUUUAUAGAAUGUUUUAAUUGCCGGUUUUAUUGCAUGCUGCCCAGAGUCACUUCAUGUGAGAUGGGUGGCCAUGUAAAUUUGAUAAAUAAGCAUAUAGCAACCAAAACAGGAAGUAAUACUCCAAAUAUGGUUGCGCCAUAGAUUUGUAUAAAAGUAUUAUAGGAUUGUCAACAGGAAGAUAAGGUAUAUCCAGGAAAGAGAUGGGAGAGUUUAAAACUUCUGUCCUGCUAGACAAGAUGCAACCAGCAUUGGUUUAAAUUCUAAUGCAUGCUUGCUUUAUGCAAUAUUUAAAAUAAAAUUUAAUCAUAUUGAGAAUAUAUUGAAUAUAUUCAGUUAAUUUUAUAAAUUAGUAGGUCAGAUUCUGCAUACUUGAGUGAUAAUAUGUAUUCCCUGCUAAUCAGAAGUAUCUUGACUGUUAUGUGCCAUUAAGUCAGUGUCAAAUCUUAGCGACCACGUAAAGAUUUUCUCAAUGAUCUUGACUAUGCAUGAUCUGUUUGAGCAAUAUACUUUGUGGCAUUUUAAAUUAUUUGGAACCAUCAACCUGGUAUAUAGCAUGUCUGAAUUCAAUGAUUUCAGAAAUGAAGAUACAAGGAACAGAAUGCCACAUCUCACAACUACACAGAAAGCCUGGCUUCGAAUCUGUGUGUAGUACAUACAAUGUUUAUUCAACUAUGCUAUUCCUUUCUUCCCUGAAUAUCAAAUGUGCCAACUUUUAAUACUGAAAACUGCAUGAAAAUUAAUGCAUUUAAAAAGAAACUAAUAUAUAUAAUGGGAUGAGGAGUUUGGUGUUCUUGUUGAUUUCAUAGGUUCCACUCCAUCAGCCAGUUUGUCCCAAAGUAGUUUCUUGAACUUAGUGAAUGAUAUGCAACCAUGGAUCAAUACAGACAAAUGAGGGUAAUAUUUUAUUAUGUCACUUUGUCCAUCAGUGAAAAGAAAUUUUAUGGGAUCAAUGGGCAUAUCUGGAGAGCAUCUCACAAAGUAGUAGUCAUGGGAGGGCUUGAGUGUUACAAGGCAUCAGAAAGCAAAAUGAGUUUUGCCCUAAUGAGAUAUGCCAGCUUUUGAAAUACGUUUUCAUUAAACAGGUGGAUAGGGAAUCUGAUAGAUACUAAGAGAGAUGCCUGGGGGGGGGGGGCACACUGGCACCCUGUAGCCUACUGGUAUGAUCAGUAGAUCUCUCUCUUCCUUAAUCUAAACAUAUGUAUCCAGUCACUGUAACUAUAACAUCUCAUUUACCAUUAAAAGUCAGCUUCAUAGAAACAUACAGUAAAUGUCAAUUCUUAAAAGUACAUCAAUGUCUGUAAAUUCUAUGCCUGUAGCUAAUCCUUCUAUAAAUUCUAUAUGAAAACCAUUCUGUUUGGAAGGAACUCUAGGACCUUUAGUAAAGCAUUUCUAAUAAUAACACAUACACUUAUUCUUUUUAUAUAUGCUUUAAGAUACACAUUUAUUAGGGAAUGGUUGAAUAGUAAAAUGACAUUAGAGUAUCUAAAUGCUAGCCAAGGUAUCCAAUAUAAAGAUUGUCUGAUAAGCUCUCUAAUAUAGGCAUAUUGUUAUUGUAAUCCAUUGUCACCUAAUUACUGUUUACAAACAAAACUAUACCAUACUAUAUUCAAAUAGUAUCAGUGACGAAACUUGUUUUGCAAUGAUUUGAAGAUUUUUUAAUUGCAGUUUU